AUGGUGAGCUUGGAACCACCCAAAAACGUCAUGCUUCCUCAGGACGCCGGUUUCCAUUGGAGAUUCAUUAAGGACUUCUCCAAGAUUGCACACCCACUCACUCAACUUCUAUGCAAGGAUGUUGCAUUUGAAUUUAACAAUGAGUGCCUUUUAGAUUUCAAGAAGAUCAAGGAGGCUCUCAUUAGCGCACCAGUCCUACAAUCACCGGAUUGGGAACUUCCUUUGGAGAUCAUGUGCGACGCAAGCGACUUUGCCAUUGGAGCCGUGCUUAGAUAG